CCGCUGGGACGGAGCUGCACUUCCCUCGCUCGCGGAGGCUGGAGCAUCCCCGCUCCCCUGGGCCGUGCCAGCGGCGGCUCGGGACAGAACCGACCCUUGUGUCCGGCGGGGGAAUCCCUCCGGGGAAAUCCAGCCUCCGUCCGCCUGGCUCCGCGCCGAGGGGCAGCCGGGCUGCGCUCCGUCCCUCCCGGCGGGGCUGCCCGGGGCGGCCGCGGCCAUGCAGCCAGGUACGAGGGCGGGCGGGGGGCGCCGGGCUGGGAGGGGGCUCUGCGGGACACCCCCGAGGAGCCCCUGGGCCGCCCGGCUGCUGCUGCUCCUGGUGAUGGUGAUCAUGGUGAUGGUGAUGGGCGCCCGGCCCGGGGCGCAGGCGACGGGCGGACACGAACAUGGCUUGAAUCCCAAUAGUUCUUUGUGGGAUAUGGAUUACAGAAGACUGUUGCACAGUAAGAAAAACCUUUCUGGGACCAUGGCCUCUUACAAACCCUCCAGCUCCUUCAGAAGCAGCUCUCUCCUGAGUUACCAUGGAAGGAAAAGUUUGCUUAGUCAGAACCUGAACCAGAAGCCACAAGAAAAGCAGUUGUCCUGUGAUAUGCUCCUUAAACUCUCCAGAUACAUUUUAAUGGAUAUCUUUAGACCUAGCUUGGCCUGGAAUCUCUUUCGGUUUCAUAACUGUGAUCGAGAAGUCAACCUCCCCAAACUUCGUAUCAGCCCCCUCAAGGUGGCCCAGCACAAGGUGAAGCCGUUCCUGAUGCACAGGAUGCUCCGGCUCCUCGGGAACAUGGGAGUGCUGUUUGAAGCUCAGCAGUCCAAGGCCUUCUCUCUGCUCAAGAAGCAAAUGAUUAAACCAAGGAAAACGCCGUUAAAACCCGAAGAGGAGCAAAGUGGUAGGUACACAAGGAGCAGAUGUGGGUUUGGUAUCUCUUUCUGGUGCUGUCUGAGCGGAAUCGCAGGGCCGGGCAUCACUGGAUGCAACCCAGUGGUCCGGUCUGUGCCAGGAGGCGCACUCGGCGCUCGGGCUGAGCAAAAGGCAGGACGCGAGGUGCUCAUCCCUGGGCAGGAGGGGCGAUGGGAGGGCGGGAUCCUCCCGGCCCGCGGGCAGCGGCUGUGCAGGGGCGCCGCCUCCCGCCCGGCCGCGGCUCUGCAGGGACAGGUCGUGUUCGCCCCGCGGGAGAGCGGGGCCCGUGUCCGUGUCCGUGUCCGUGGGGGGCUCCGGGCACGCAGGUUUGGUGGCUGAGCUGGCGCUGAGCGCACCAGACCCCUCCCACGGCCGGAGUUCAUCCUGCGGCGCCUUCAGUUCUCUGCUCCGUGGGAACGGGGUGUUGCUCAGGGGAUUCUGCCUCCGCUUCUCCUUCCUUUCUCGGAGCAGUAAGGAGGAAACAGGAAACUGCCCAGCGAGGGAGUGUGCCCGGGAAAAAAUCGCUUACAGAGGAGGAACCAUCCUCCCUGGAGUGCCCGGGAAAACCGCUUUCAGAGAAGGAACCUCCCCGCAUUCCUGUGCGAGAGCUGAAUCCCUGGGCGGGGGUGUCUGUGCCUUGGGAGUCGAUUCCGUCAGGCGGCUCAUUUAGAGCAGCUUAGUUCUCUGCCCUUGCCUUAACAUGAAGGUUCUCAGCCGUCGAUAUUUGUUAUUGAACGUUACAGCUGUGUUUGUAGGCAAAGCAUCACAGUCAUUGCAACGUGCCAAGACACAGGACAGUCGAGGUUGUCUUGUUCCUGGCAGCCCGUUACAGAAAAUGAUCCAUUUUUUUUGUUAGAAAGGUAAACUACAGUUUAUAACUCACUAUAGCACUCGGAGGAGGGGUUGGGUUGGUUAUUUUUGUGAGGAAGAGUUACACUAGGCGUGUGUUGGAGGCAGUGAGUAUUAGUCAUGAUUUCUCACUUGCAGGUGUGAGGAUGUUCAGGAAUGUUCUCAUGCUGUGGAUGCAUCCUGUAAUGGAGUGCUGUGGUAUAAGCUUCAACACAGUGCUGCUGCAAAACAGAAAUCAAUGUGGAAAAUGAAAUUUGGAAAAGAGUGAAAGGAAAAGAGUUUACCUCUCGAGCACCAACCUACAGAUAGUAAUGGGUGCUUCUGUGUUUAUCUUAAAAAGAGACAAGAUUCUUUAGAAAACAGGGUAAUACAUCCAGUCUCAUUUAGUCUGCAAUUUUCUUCCUCAGGCCAGUGAAAACUUAAUGUGGGGUGAAAUGGCACUGAAAUCAUUCACCUGAGAGUAGUUCUUUCAGAAAAAGAAUCAACCCAGUCUAUUUCUGUGGAUUCUGAGGCUACAGAGGAAAAACAGUUUUGAAUUAUGUAAACAGCGCUCACACCUCAAAAAUUUUGGUUUCUUGUUCGGGAAAAGUCCCAGGUAAGCAGGAGUGACUUUGGCUUUGUUGAUUGUUCCAUGAGGCCUGCAAAAAGCUUAGCACUAACCGAAGCCUGGCUUAUAUUUACCUCCACUAUUACUGUGUUAGAUUAAUUAUUGUUGCCUUUUAUUUAGAUUGCAAGCCCGUGAAAUCUUUUGCAUGAAGAAAAUAUUUUAAAUAGCAAUGUAUGAGGUUUCUAGGGCCCUAGCAGGUGUGAAAUAGAGGUUCAGGUCCUCUUCUACCUCAAAUUUUGAACUUCUAGAACCAUUGAAUUCAGAGAAUUUAGUGUGUUUUAAGACAAAAUACUCCUAUAUGUCUCGUAUUGCCUGAAAUUUCCACCAGUAGAUAAAUCUUUCUCAAAAAAAAUUGCUAUUUCUGGUAGCAGCUCUGCUUUCCCAUGACCUGCAUUCAUAUGUGUCAUAUUCAGAUAAGGAGGAGGCACAACGCUGACUAAUGCUGCUUUUUUGGAAGGAAAAUGACAAAAGCUAUUUGAGACAGGAAUAGAAGUGCCAGCACUAAAUGACAGAUGAACAGCCGGUAGCAAAGGUGGCAGCUCUAACGUUUCCCUGUAUUUAUGGAGUACUGAAACAAGGGAGUGUUAUCGGGAUUUGUUUCUCUGGGCUGGAUGCUUAUCUUCAGAUUCAGCAAUUCUCUAGGUCCCAGGACCAGGUGUAAGAGAGUGGAUGGGUUUUGUUUAGCAUAAGUGAGUGCUGCUCCCUCUUCAGAGCUGCUGUCUGGAGCGUGGGGCAUGGCUGUGCCCCACACCCACCCUCCUGCUUCCAGUCUGUUCCUAUAUUUUGUCUGACAGCACUUGCUCCUUAUUAACAUGACUAUAGUCUCUUUGUGCCCUCUGUCAGAAGAAAUCCUGCACCAGAAUAAAUUUCAGAGGUGACAGAUUGGAACAGUUUGACCAGAUGAUGGCACACAAAUGUCUCAGAGACUGACAGCACCUGUGGCUCUGUACCUCUUUGGCUUUGGCCUUGGGCAGGAACAGUGGCUGGCACAGUUGCCUGCCCAGUUCCAGCUUGUCCUCUCUGGAUGUUGUGUUGUGGAGUGGAGAUGAGGGAUUACAGCUCUGGGAGAGAGAAGGCAGUGGCUGCAGUAAAGCAGGGACCUGUAUUUAUGUGCCACCCAGAAGCUCAGCUGUGCUGUAUUUUAGAGCCUAUAAAAAAAAAAGGGUGUUCUGGUACAUGGAAAACAAACCAGUGUGUGAUGGUCAGUGAUAGGUGUGAUGAUGUGACAGACAGUGCCAUGUCCUUUGACACUGGAGCCUGCAAAGCCCCAGGAAGGCAGCCCCAGGCCAGGGGGUUUAAAAGCAUGUGGUUUUCUUUGAGGCUGUGUCUUGUCAGAGUAUCUUCUAAGUCUUUUCCUCUCACUGCAGACUGACUACAGGUUGAUUUGGAAGAUGAUGGGAGGUGAAGUGGCAGAUACCUCUCUGCUCACCUGCUGUCAGGGGAGCUUUUGCAGCUGCUGGGUUACAGUGUUGCCCAUAGAUCUGCCAGACACAGGACAGCACAGGGCAAAACACCCCCACGGGAAGCUGCCAGAGGUGUCAGCUGCCCCUCAAGAAGGGCCGAGGCAUGCCAAGCUCCGGUAAGCACUUCGGGGGCUGGGGCUAGAGCCCCCUCAGCCCUUGGGAAGGCAGCUGGCACUCAGAAACACACUUUGCACGGGGCUGCUAAGCACAGCUGAGUGCUCUGUGGGUCUGCACAGACCCCCCGAGGCCGCUCCCCAUCACCCCUGGGAGCUCGGCGAGGAGCCCGCAGCCCCCGGGGCUC